GAUGUUUGUCACCCUUUAGGUUUAAUGUUUAUCCAGGAGCGAUGUCGUCCUCUGGUGUUAUCUGAUGAACAGUUACGCGAGAUUAUGGUUGCCUUGGAGAGGAGCAUGGAGGAAGGAUUGGCGAAAGAAACAGCAAAGACAGCCGCUGUGAAAAUGCUUCCGUCGUAUGUUCGAGCAGUGCCUAACGGAAAGGAAUGUGGAGACUUUAUGGCGCUGGACCUUGGCGGGACUAAUUUUCGUGUGCUACUAAUCCGAUUAAGCGGCCGAGAAGCGGAAAUGACUGGCAAGAUUUUCCGAGUACCCGAAAGUAUCAUGCGUGGAACGGGAGAAGCCCUUUUCGAUCAUAUCGCUGAAUGUAUGGCGAAGUUCAUGGUCGAACAAGGUGUGAGCACCUCUCAGAAGCUACCCCUUGGCUUUACCUUCUCAUUCCCGUGCAAGCAAGAAGGUUUAACAUGUGCAAAACUCAUAAAUUGGACGAAAGGCUUCAACGCGAGCGAUGUCGAAGGCUCUGACGUCGUAACGUUGUUAAGAGAAGCCUGUAAAAGACGAAAUGACAUCGACAUCGACGUGGUUGCUGUUCUGAACGAUACCGUCGGCACACUUAUGGCAUGCGCUUUUAAGGAAAACAGUUGUCAGAUUGGUGUCAUCGUGGGAACUGGAACAAACGCUUGCUACAUGGAGAAACUGUGUCGCAUUGGAAAACUGGAAGGAGAAAUGCCUGAAGACAACCUGCCCGAUGAGAUGAUUAUCAAUACAGAAUGGGGCGCCUUUGGCGACGAUGGAGCACUGGAUAGUGUACUAACAGAAUUCGAUGCUCAAGUCGACUCGCUGAGUAUCAAUCCCGGCAAACAACUGUUUGAAAAAAUGAUCUCGGGAAUGUAUAUGGGGGAGCUAGUGAGAGUAGUGCUGGCUUCACUAGCAGCGGAUGGUCUGCUAUUCAAUGGCGAAUACGAAGCCAUAUCCCGCCACGGAUGUUUCCCGACAAAAUUCGUUUCUGAGAUUGAGAGUGAUCUACUCGAAGGAGAGGAUGCAACAUUCCAAAAAACCUUCCAAAUAUUAGAAGACAUUGGGAUUGAGCGUGUGUCAAGUGCUGACUGUGCCAACGUAGCCUAUACUUGCAGCCUUAUUAGCACCAGAGCCGCUUAUCUAACCGCUGCUGCAAUUGCUACACUACUCAAUCGUAUGAAGAGACCCUACGUCACCGUAGGUGUAGAUGGAUCUGUGUAUCGCUUCCAUCCAACGUUUCCCCGUCUCCUAGACGAAAAGAUCGACCAGUUGAUAGACGGUGACUUAGAGUACCAGUUGAUGCUAUCAGAAGACGGAAGUGGACGAGGUGCGGCGUUGGUAGCUGCCGUCGCUACUCGCAUAAAACGGGAACGGCUCGGCCACGCUUGA